UUCAACAUUCUUUUUAUCAAUUUAUUUCCCCAAUGGCACAAAAUCAAACACAUGAAACCUGUAUAUUGAAAUUAAUGAUCAUAGCAAUCUCGAUGGCCAUGUUAUGUAGCUAUGGAAUGGCACAAUCGACUUCAGGGUGCACAAAUGUGAUCAUUAGCAUGUCUCCGUGCCUUAAUUACAUAACUGGCAACUCGUCGACCCCUUCUUCAGGGUGCUGCACCCAACUAGCUAGUGUGGUCAAGUCACAACCACAAUGCCUUUGUGAGGUCCUAAAUGGUGGUGGCUCGUCUUUGGGCCUUAAUAUUAACCAAGCUCAAGCUCUCGAGUUGCCUAAGGCAUGCAAUGUCCAAACACCUCCAACUAGCCAAUGCAAAGCUGCGUCUCCAGGCGUUUCUCCAACUACACCAUCUUCUUCGUCUCCAAACAACCCUUCCGGAUCAGGUCGGGGGUCGAAUGCUGUACCAACAGGUGACGGUUCAUCAGAUGCAAUUUCUACACGAUUAGCAGUUGCUCCGCUUCUAGUAUCUUUCCUAGUCGCCUCAUAUGCUAUUGCGUUCUAAUUUUUGCGUGUUAAGGGAUAGCUAAUGAAUUGAUUUCCAUUUUUUGUCAUUUUUAUUUUGCAUAAUAUUGGGUUGGUCCAGAGCUAUGUUGUUUUAUUAUUUCCCAUGGUUAUAUAAUGUAAUGUACUUAUCAUUCUUUUCUGA